AUGGCUAGUUCUUUCCCAAAUGAUAUGAUGAAUGCUCCCGAGUGUACCAUUUGCUUGGAAGUUGUCCUUGACAACGUUGGAAGGUCCAUCACCAAGCUUCACUGUGGCCAUUUUUUUCAUACGGGUUACUUUUACCCUGUUAUAGCAGACUGCAUAGGGUCAGAAUUCAAUAACAGAGGAAGAAUGCAGUGUCCCAACUGCAGGAAUAUUGAAGAAGGUGGGAACUGGAGGUGGUUCGCAGGUCCUCAAAAUGAAGAUCCUAAUGAACAACAAAACAAUAUCAUCGAUGACGAAGAAUAUCCACAAUUAUCGCCUCAAGAGUUAUUAAUGCAACUUCGAGCACGCCUUCACUUGUAUAACCAAGCUGUAGCUACCAAUAUGAGGAUACCAUACUUUCAGCACCAAUUUCAAUUGCCCGGCUCUCCUCAUCCAGCUAUAGCUUCCAUGAUGGCUCGUCGGAGAGAGGCUGCUGCAACUUCCUCCGUCCCAGUGGACCCAAUUCCGGUCAACUAUGGACCACCACCAUCGCCCGAGCAGGCUCAGAAUCCAUUGCCUGCGGUGCAGGAACUCUCCCUAGCCAGUGGUAGUGGUACGUCAGCCGAUGAGGAACACCAGCUGCCGGCUUAUCACUACCAUUAUGGCUUCAAGAGAAAUUGA